UCAGUAUACACUCCAUCGACACCGCGUCGGGAUGGCUUCAUUGGCAUUCUAAGAAUAUUGUUGAGAUGAUUUCCUGAUGGCUCCUAGCUUUGUUAGACGCCACGUGUCUUUAGAGUUUUGCGGAAUUUCAUUUUCGAUACCUAUUCUUUUUGUUAUCACGGCGUUGGCUCUAUUCUUCGUAAUUAUGGGAGAUACAUCUCUGGUCUUGCCAGAAGCCAACCCAAGCACGCAUGUCGAGUACUCUACGGUCAAGGGGUACUUCCUCCAAUCUGAAGAAAGCACAGAUUCCUCAAAGUUUGAUUUUAAGAAGAGUAAUUUUGGACUGAUCGAUCGUACCUACGAGACUGAUAAUACGUUCUCCAAUGAUCUCGAAUUGAGCCCCGCAAAAGACCAGUGGCAGCGAUUUGUCAAAUAUGUACGCUAUCUGAACGAGCAUGCGCCCAACGACGUGAAGUUCAAAGUCAUCUUCAUGGGGCGACAUGGACAAGGCUGGCACAAUGUCGCUGAGUCCAAAUAUGGAACUGAGGCGUGGGAUUGCCACUGGUCUCUUCUCGACGGUGCCGACGGAAUAACUUGGGCGGACGCCAAUUUGACCGACCUCGGGAAACAGCAAGCCCAAGAUGCGCAUCAGCUGUGGAAUUCCUUGUUGGCUGGAGAAGAGAAUGGAAUCCCUUCCCCAGAAACGUACUACGUAAGCCCUUUGGUACGGGCAAUCCAGACCGCGGUGAUUACCUUCGACAAGUUGGAUUUGCCACAGGAGCUUCCCUUCAAGCCUGUCGUGAAAGAACUCCUCCGGGAGGCCAUUGGGGUGCAUACGUGCGACCGUCGCAGCUCUGCCACUUUCAUCCGCGAUUCCUAUCCGUUUCUGACGAUCGAAGACGGCUUUGCGGAAACUGAUCCGCUCUGGACAGUCGAUCUGCGUGAACCUAGUUCUGCACGAAGAGUUCGUAUGACGGCGCUACUAGACGAUGUUUUUGCUACCGAUGAGAACACGUUCAUCUCGUUCACCAGCCAUUCAGGAGCAAUUAGAAGCUUGCUAGAAGCAGUCAGCCAUAGGUCAUUUGGACUCGAAACCGGAGGUGUUAUUCCGGUUUUCGUGAAAGCCCAGACGGUCAGAGGGGAAAGGAAGACUCCCGAUCCUGAACCCAGCGGCACGCCCCCUAGUUGUGCUACCAAUCCGACCUCGACGCCUUCCUUAUGACCGGAGUAGUGCGUCAGGUCAAGAUAUGUUGCAGAUUGAGGGCUUCGAAUAGAGGCAUCGGCUUCGAAAAGGCUACGUUACUAAGGCACUUGAAGGAGGAAUGUUGGUAUUUGGACACAUGUUUGAUAUCCCUUCAGUAUCAUACAUAUUCGUAUAGCUACAAGCUGCGUUUCAUAUAGAAGAUCAAAUCACAGGAAUUAGGAGAUGAUCAACGUCGGCUGC